UCAAUUUAGUUCCUCGUGGGCCUAGCCAUUUUGAGGAAAGUUUGCAGUGAAAAUUAGCAGUAAUACACAGAUUUAUUUUCUGAUACGUUAGAUAUGGGAAGAAUAGGGCGACAGCGAAGAUUCAAAAGUAUUGAUCCGUUUGCUACCAAAAGUUCAACCGACGGUGGUAAAAAAUAUGACCUUGCUCCAAAGUCUAAAGAUUUGGUUGAUAGCAAUGACUUUGUUCCUAGAAAAGCCAGAAAAAUAAUGAAACUUACUGAGCUAUCUAAAGAUUCUCAUGCAAUUACAAAAAGAAAGCACAAGUCAAAGAAAUCUCCGCUAGCAAAACUCAUGAAAUCUGGUGAAAGCAGGAAACAGUUCCUAAAUCGCCUUGACAAGCAAGCUAGUGAAGCACUCAACAAAGCAAUGACAGAAACAAAGAAACUCAGGGACAAAAGGAAAGAGCAUUUAAAAAAGCGAGACAAGAAACUGAAGUCAAGAAAAUCGAAGCAAGAUAUAUUUCCUCAAAAGCAAGAAUCAAAUCAGGAAGAAGUGAAAUUUGGUGAAGUCGUUUCACAACCACCAACCUUGUCUGCAGUUCCUCGAAAAGCAAAAUCAAAAUCAACAAAGCCUGCUCUAGAUCUCAAGCUGAUGGACAUCAUCAAAGGCAAAAACAAUGACAAGGCAAUAGACAAACUCUAUAAAACAAAAAGGAAAGAGAUGACAGAUAAAAUGAAAAAAAUUCACGAUGAAGAACGUCAACAAGCAAUUAAUGAGUAUCGAAAAAUUAAACAGAGAAAAAUUAUGAGGACUUAGGAACGUGAUUCUGCAGGUCAAACUUACCUCAGUUCUGUGAGGAUAACAUUUGGAUAGGAGUUUCUCCUUAGAUGCUCAUUUACAUCAGCCAAUGAAAGUGAGUUUAGGAGAGUAAUGUUUUAUUUGCCAAGCCAUCCAAAUUUGCAAUGUAAGGUGGCAGGUAGCAUCACAAUUAAUAGGAGAAAGAAACAGGGAAUGCGUUAGAGGUUUUUAAUAAGAAUAAGAUAAAUAUUACAUUUACAACCAAUCAUAAAAAACAGUGCCUUUAUUUCAAGCUGGAGUAACAAAUAAUUGCAAAAAAACAAGAUCCGAAACAAAUAUUUGCAAACUUAAAAAUCUAUGCAAAAAUUAUUUUCACUAAGAAAAGAAAAGGUGGUAAAUCGUGGGCCCAAAGAUUCAUUGCACAGUCUGUUACCCUAAAAAUUAGUGAUUCAGAGGACUGCAAGUUUCCAGUUCCCCUAUAAAGAAUAUUUGAUGUGAGGUACCUAUACAUUCUGCAAGUAUUUUUAUAUUUACUGGACAGGAAUAAAAUCAGCACAAACUUUAAGCCACAUGCAUAUUGCUGUGCAGUUGCUACACACAGCUUCCAAAAGCAUCCUUGCCAAAACUUUCUGCUCAAAUGAGCAUGCCCUCAUUUCAUUUUACUUCUUGCAUAGAGCUUAAAUACCAAAUGAUAUACCAAUUAGUCAGUAAUAAGAGAUUACGGUAAUGUUAUAACUUGAAACAGUGUAGGUUUUGAGGCAACAUAAAAACAUCAUUUGAACAUUAUAGCUUGGUUUUCUGUAUACAGAAAAUGUGUAUUUGUCUUUGACAGCUGUUUUUAAAAGAAAAUAUUUAAAGCUGGCUUAUUACCAGGUCUCCACUCCCAUCUAUUAUGUAAUUAUUAGUGUAGUUAAUUGUUUCUUCAAAUUCAUCUUUCAAAAUCAUGAUUUUUUAGUCUCUUUUUACACCUAAUGAUUAUUGGAUCAGUUGGUAAAGCCCAGUGCCUGAUCCAUACCUUUAUCCUUACUAGGCUCAAAAUUUUUAAUUUUUUUACACAAUUAUCAUUAGCAGUAGCCUUCUAGCGUAAGUUCUUAAAUUGAGAGAAAAAUUCACCUAUAAAGCUCAGACUUGUUUUUGUAUACACACAAUGUUUCACUAUUAUACAAGAGAAAAAGCCCAAAAAUUUCCAGGCAACCCAAAUUAAAAUGUCAUAUGUAAAUUCACCCAAAGGUAUCUUAUGCUGAAUCAGCUAGGAAUAAAAAUUAUCACACAUAUCAAAUUUAAAAUGAGCUAUUGACCCUCAAAAACACAUAAAAUAAAAUAAUUGAUAAUAUUAAAUAACGGUAGUACCUAAAAUUAAGUCAGGGCUGUCGGAAGCAGGACGUAGACUGAGGGCUAGAGCCCUCCAAUAACUGCCAACGGUACUAGACCUCCUUUAUAACAGUUACUGUAUGGGAAAAAAUAAAAUGGACAGCUCUCCCAGUAUGAAUUUCGUUCCGACAGCACUGCAAAUCCUUUUCUCUCCAAAUGGAAAUAACAACUUCGAUUAAUCUUGGCACCCAAACACCAGACUGACCCUAGAGCACCUGAGAGCACCUUUAAGAAAACCUGAGAGCCUUGAUGAAUAUCAAAUCAAAGGAAAAUUUAAAAUGCAACCUAGUAUGUUUUUAUUUAAUUUUCGAUUGCCCCUGCAGCACCCUUCCCUACAGUAGAACAGUAGAACAGUACAACUGAAAGAACCAGCAUUAAAUGCCAGUAAACGAUAACUGGUACGACGUUUGUUUACAAAUUGACAAUCCAGGAAAGGUUUUACGAC